GGGGCUUCCAGUUCCCGAUGGUGCUUCGUAUGCGCCGCAGCGGCGUGCCUAUCGAGAGCAUCACGAUUGGUGCCGGUAUCCCGACGCAGGAGCGUGCGCUUGAGAUGAUGUCACAGCUGGAGGCCGUUGGCAUCAAGGUGGUGUGCUUCAAGCCCGGUUCGGUGGACGGUAUCCACGCGGUGCUGCGGCGAUGCGUCAAUGACCGUGAUGCUGCAGUGGACUGACGGCCGCGCUGGUGGCCACCAAAGCUUUGAGGACUUCCACCAGCCGAUGGAGGAGACGUACGCCGCCAAUCGUCGCGUGUCGAACGUGCUGGUGGUGGUGGGCUCUGGCUUCGGCAACUGGGAGGACUCGAAGCAGUACCUCACGGGCGAGUGGAGUCUGGCCCGCGGCCACCUGCACAAGAUGCCUGCAGAUGGUAUCCUGAUGGGCUCUCGCGUGAUGGUCGCGAAGGAGGCCGCGACCGCGCCGGCAGUGAAGAAGCUGCUGGUGGACACGCCUGGUAUCGAGUCGGAGCUGGAGUGGGAGACGAGCUACACGAGCGUCGCGGGCGACGUUGUCACGGUGGCGUCGGAGCUGGCGAGCCGAUCCACGUGGUGGCUAACCGCUGCGCUGUGCUGUGGAAGGAGUUUGACAACAAGUACUUCUCGAUCCCGCGCGAGCAGGUGGAGCUGGCCCU